GUACCUGUUUCUCUACCCCUAUCUAAGUGUCCUCUCUCUCUCUCUCUCCGUCUCCUUCCAGUCUCCCACCUUCUCCAGAGCUUCACCGAGGGAGAACUGAAGAAGGUGAUCGGGACUCUGAUUGACAGGAGUAGCAAGAGGAGAGGCAGGAACAGUAGAGAGGAGAGCCAGGAGAGCUCCUCCCAGACAACUAAGGGAGCUAAGAGUGCGCGCAGGAAGAGGUUAAAGCCGUGCUCUUUGCGGGAGGUGGAGGUGACGGUGGGGGAACUGGGGCUGGGCUACGACAGCGACGAGACUCUCCUCUUCAGGUACUGCAGCGGCAGGUGCACCGCACGCCGACGACGCAACUAUGACAUCGCCCUGGAACACACGAGGAGGGCGGGGCUCAUUAAAAAGGGGCGAAGAGACAAGGUGCAGUACAGCCCGUGCUGUCGGCCUAUCGCGUACGAGAAGGAUAUCUCCUUCCUGGAUAACAACAGUAGAUACCACACGGUGCAGGAGGUGUUGGCACGGGAGUGUGGCUGUGCGUGACCCUGGGGGAGGUGUGUAAACGUUUAAUAACGACCACAUCCUCUGAUCCACCAAUGAGUAAUGGCUACUGGGAUGAUGUCAUAAGAGAAUAAUAUGAUGUCUCAGUGUGGAUGCAAUGCCUCAUGAAAAGCGAGACUUGUCAUCGCAGGUGUUAUGGUCACGUGAUGCAGGAAGUGUCGGCUCUGGAGGCGUUGCUGUGCAGGAUCUCUGAACACGGGGCCUGUUUCCGGAAAGUUCCGUGGAGUUUUCUUUUAUCCGUCUUGCUGCACUGACAGCUUUGCCUUUCGAAAGGCAGCGUUCUGGAGGACCCAGCAUUCAAAUAAAACAUCAAUAUGCUCUAUCAUAGAGAACAGAACUAAUUGUUAUGAACAUAUAUUUCGGUUGGAUACAUGGAUAUUACCCACGGAUGCCGGAUUACAGCGAAAACAGGACGAUGCCUCUGAAUGAACCUUUGACGUUGGUCCGAUAACAGGAGGGCGACGUGUUGGCGAACGUUCAGAUAGAUGUGAUCGUCUGUCACGUGGAAUAUAGGGACUGCGAUCAGCUCUGUGAAUUCCAUUCCUCUCUGCUAGGUUGUGAACCUUUCACCUCAUGGAAUGUGAGUCUGCCCUCUGGUGGCGUUGGAGCUGCAGGACCUCCAUGUUCUAUGAGAAGGAGCACCAAUGCCUUCUGGGAUAUCAUGUCAGGUCUAGUUCAUUUUGUCAUGUGCACAGGAUACACGUGGUACGCAGUACAAUGAAAUGCUUACCUGUAGAUUCAUUCUCGGCGAUGCAACAUCAUAAAAAGACAGAAGUCAAUAAAUUAAGAAUAAUACAAAAAUAAGUUACAUUUAAAUAUCGUCUGACUUUCCGGGGUCCAUGGAUACUGGGUAUGGGAAGAUAGAGCAACAGGAUGACGUCUCUGAAUAUGGAUCUGUGUGGAUGUAUUCAGGGAUGGAAUUCAAGGAUGUUGUGUACCGAUCAGCUUGAGCUUAUAGACUCUGGCAUUUUUACUACGCAAGGUCCAAAAUCUGUGCAAUGGGUCAUUUUAAUAGAAAAAAAUAGCUAGCCAGUGGGCUAGUUUGGUAUAUUUUCUUCUAGCCCAGUCUAAAAGGUACUAGCCUCGGGGCUAUUUGUAUGGAACUGGUUGAGGGCAACACACCUGUAGUGAACUUCUGAGAAUCAUGAGAGCAUGGACCCGGUCACUAGAACAGUACUGAGUAUGGACCCGGUCACUAGAACAGUACUGAGUAUGUACCCGGUCACUAGAACAGUACUGAGUAUGGACCCAGUCACUAGAACUGUACUGAGUAUGGACCCGGUCACUAGAACAGUACUGAGUAUGGACCCGGUCACUAGAACAGUACUGAGUAUGGACCCGGUCACUAGAACAGUACGGAGUAUGGACCCGGUCACUAGAACAGUACUGAGUAUGGACCCUGUCACUAGAACAUUACGGAGUAUGUGGCAUGAUCAAUAGAGAGAAAUUCUUCUGUUUUUUAAAUCAGAAAGGAAUGAUAAAUAGUUCAUUCAAAAUAUUGAUCAAUGACCUUAAAUGGACCAUUAUCAAACAACUUCCCUUCCCUUCCAACUGCAUACAAACCUCCAUGGAGAUAUCACAAAAUGUCUGCCAUCUAGAUAUCACAAAAUGUCUGCCGUCUAGAUAUCACAAAAUGUCUGCCGUCUAGAUAUCACAAAAUGUCUACCGUCUAGAUAUCACAAAAUGUCUGCCGUCUAGAUAUCACAAAAUGUCUGCCGUCUAGAUAUCACAAAAUGUCUACCGUCUAGAUAUCACAAAAUGUCUGCCGUCUAGAUAUCACAAAAUGUCUGCCGUCUAGAUAUCACAAAAUGUCUGCCGUUUAGAUAUCACAAAAUGUCUGCCGUCUAGAUAUCACAAAAUGUCUGCCGUUUAGAUAUCACAAAAUGUCUGCCGUUUAGAUAUCACAAAAUGUCUGCCGUCUAGAUAUCACAAAAUGUCUGCCGUUUUAGAUAUCACAAAAUGUCUGCCGUCUAGAUAUCACAAAAUGUCUGCCGUCUAGAUAUCACAAAAUGUCUGCCGUUUAGAUAUCACAAAAUGUCUGCCGUUUAGAUAUCACAAAAUGUCUGCCGUCUAGAUAUCACAAAAUGUCUGCCGUUUUAGAUAUCACAAAAUGUCUGCUGUCUAGAUAUCACAAAAUGUCUGCUGUUUUAUCUUCUCUAAAAAUUAUGAGAUGUUCUGUGGCAUUUUUGUCUAAGGGUGUUCCAGCAAAAACACAAGCAUUAUAUCUUUGUUAUUUCCAUUCGAGGCUUUUAUCUAGUACUCUUCAAAAAAGAACUUUCUCCAAACACAAUCACGAUCAGUAACUCACUGACAUAUUAUCCUCCUAAGCGUUUGCCAAUACAUUAUGUAAGAACUCACUGUUUGAUUUUAUUGCUGUGGUUUCAGAUUACAGGUUACAUAAUUACAGAAUAUUCUUCAACUUUAAAGUGCUGAAAGAAAUAUAUAACCUUAUAAAUAUAUAAUCCAUUAUAUAAUUCACAUCCCUGAUUAAUGUGAACAAUAAGUUUAUAGACCCUAUGGGCCCUGUUCAAGUAGUGCACUAUUAAGGGUGCCAUUUUGUAUGUACACAUACAAAACUAAUCAAUAUGUUAGUCUGAAAGUAUUCAGAAUGACUUUUUCCACAUUUUGCUACAUUAGAGGCCUUAUUCUAAAAGGGAAAGGGAUUAAAGGAAAGGGAUUAAAUACAUGUUUUUCCUCAGCAAUCUACACACAAUACCCAAUAAUGGCAAAGUGAAAACAGGUUGUUAGAUAUUUACAAAUAAAAA